AUGAAAGAGAAGAGGUUGAAUAAGGCACACUUUGUUCUGGUACAUGGCAUUGGAGGGGGAGGGUGGAGCUGGUACAAAAUCAGAUGCCUAAUGGAGAAUUCCGGCUAUAGAGUUACAUGUAUUGACCUCAAAGGUGCCGGCGUCGAUCAAACCGAUCCCAAUACAAUUCUUUCCUUCGUAGACUACAACAAGCCACUCAUCGACUUCUUGUCAUCCUUAGACGACAAUGAAAAGGUGAUUUUGGUAGGACAUAGCGCCGGAGGGCUUAGUUUGACAGAUGCAAUUUACAAGUUUGCAAACAAAAUCAACCUUGCAGUUUUUCUUGCAGCCACCAUGUUGAAAAUGGGCUAUGUCACUGACCAAGAUAUCAAAGACGGAGUACCGGAUCUUUCCGACUUUGGAGAAAUUGGUGAUGUAUAUGACGUAGGCUUUGGAUUGGGGCAGGAUCAUCCUCCAACCACUCUGCUGAUCAAGAAAGAACUACAAAGGAAAAUAAUUUACCAAUUGUCACCCCGAGAGGAUUCGACACUAGCAGCAAUGCUUUUGCGGCCGGGGCCAAUUCAAGCAUUGACAAGUGCACAAUUUACUGAAGCGGAGAACGGUGAGCAGGUUCCUCGUAUUUACAUCAAAACAACACAUGAUCAUGUAAUAAAACCUGAGCAACAAGAUGCAAUGAUCAAGAGAUGGCCGCCUUCGGAUGUUUACGUUUUGGAAAGCGAUCACAGCCCAUUCUUCUCGGCUCCAUUUUCUCUCUUUGGUUUGCUCGUCAAGGCUUCAAUUUCUGCCGGAUGCGAUUAG